ACGAAAGCAGAGAGGUCUUUAUGGUUCGCUAAAGCAUUUGGUUUGGAUGUAUCCUCUAUCAAAUUUGAAGAUGAGGCCGGUUUGCACCAUGAAGUAAAAUAUAGCUCACCUAGAGAGGGCACUGAUAAAACAUUGAUAAAACAAUGCAAGGACGAUUUAAACAAAUUGGUUCACAUUUCCAGAACACCAGGGCAGGCUGAAGGAGCACAACUGGAUUUUGAAAGUGAAUUGGCAGAUGUAUUAAGAAACAAGGUGGGUUAAUUUAUCAAUGCAUAUGAACUAAGCUUUAAAAUUUAUUGAGUUUAUUGAAUCAUUUUGAUUUAUCUCUUGAAAUUUAAUUCUAGAUUCAAAAAGGUGAAAUCCAAGUGGAAAAUGGUGAGAAAGUCAGGGUGAAAUUUAGUGGGGAUGGAGCCAACAUGACUCGCAAGAUUUCAUUUGUUGUCAUUUCUUUUUCUGUUAUUGAUAGUGAUGAUGUAAUGUCAUCAAAAGGUUAGUACAAUUUUGUUACUACAAUUUCAUUCCAACAUUUGGUUCCAACCAGUUGUGCUACAUGUCCUGGUCAUUAUUUUGGUAAUAUAAAAUAUAAUAUCAUAGCUAUCUCGAAUUCCUUUGUUUCGCGAGGCACGAUUAAUGACUAAUUUACCUCAUUGCUAAAGCAUGAGGGACGAUUAGAAAUUAAUCACUCCACGGGACGAUUAGUUACUCAUCGUCCCUCAUCUUUAUCAUAACCUCUUAUAUUGAUGUUCAAUUAAAUACUUAACAGGCAUGAAAAAUCAACCGUAACCUCAUUAUCGAACAUCCCAAUAGUCAUUAGUAUCAAAAAGCAAGCACGCCUUUUCAUUUCAACUUAUUCAAUCGAAGGAAACCGUUUUAUUGUCUCGGUAGCUAUGAUAUUACAAAGUGAUAGCAUUGCAUUACGGUCGAUUAGUGAUGAAAUGUCCCUCAAAUUAGUGAUGAAAUGUCCCUCGGCUUUCGGGUACAUUUAAUCACUAAUCGCUCUGAAUGCCAUGCUAUAUUACUUAUAAUUAAUAUUGCACCUUUUAUUAAUUUAUAGGCAACCACACGGUUGCUGUUAUUAAAGGGCAAGAAAGUUAUGAGCUUCUGAAGUGCUCUUGCUCUGAGUUAUUCAAAUCAAUCAACAAAAUUACUAGAGGGGGAAAAAUUAAAGUAGACGAUCAGGAUGUAAUGGUGGAUAUGUUUCUUGGGGGUGAUUAUAAGGUAAUAAUUAAUUUUCAUACAUCUGUACAUUAAAUUUACAAAUUCAAAGAAUGGUAAUUUUGAUUAUUGAAUUUUCAGUUUCUAUUGGAAAUAUGCGGCAUGAAAGGGGCCACAUCUGACCAUUCUUGCGUUUGGUGCAAACUUCACAAAAAGCACAGGUAAUCUGUCAAAAAUGGCGCAGCUAAAACAUGCGAUUAGAAAUAUCUCUAUAUUCUUGAGUUUCAGUACGGUAUUUUGCAGUGAAUCUGACGGGGGGUCAACCUAAAAUGUGUUGAUGUUUAUGUUGUACUGGAGUGAGCAAAUGAUAGGAAAUUGCAUGUAUUUGCCACCAAACACAAGGCCAACACAUACAGUGAACAAUUAAUUCACUCUGAUGACUAUGUCUCGACUUAAAGUUGACCCCCCCCCCCCCGGUCAAAUUUAUGAAGUCAUAUGAAACCCAAGAAUAUGUUACUUCAGUUCUUCAACAAUUUAUGUUAACUUUUAUUACCUUAGACAUGACAUGACGAAACCUGAAAAUUAUUGUUGGGAAAUUCCUUUGGUGAGAUCCCUGGAAGAUAUUAUUGAAUGCGUUAGAAAACAGACGUACUCUUGUGUGCAUCCGCCUUUGUUGAACAUUGGACUGCGGAACAUUGUCCCUGAUGAAUUGCACUUGAUGCUUCGAGUCACUGGUAAUAAUGAGUAAUAUUAAAUUAACUUAUCUGGAAACACUAUAUCUUUGGUAUUAGUAUGUUUCCACACAAUUUGCCAUUUGUCUUACUUUUCAUUUUCAAACUAAAUUGCUUAAUAAUCAGUGUGUAAACAAACCUCUGUGUGUAAACAAAGAGACCACAGGUUUAGGAAUAAAGUUAAUAUUUAUAUAACUUAUUUAAUAGAUAAUUGAUUUAUUCCGACACUGCAUGAACUGCGAAGAUGAGGUUUAAAUUAUAGUAACUGUACUACAUAAUUUAAAUUUAUAUUGGCACUUAUACAUAAUUUAAAUUUAUAUUGGCAGAUGUUUUGCUGAACAACUUGAUAUUAGGAGCACUGUCUUUAGAUGCAAAAGACAACCACAAUAAGGCUCCUAAUCAGAGAAUGACUGGGCAUAUAGAUGCUCUUUUAUGUGCAAUAGGAAGUUGUGGUGUGUCUUUCCCAAUAUGGGAGAAAAUGAAUGCUAAUGGUAGUGGGAGUGGAACAUAUGAUUUUACAAGUCUAAUGGGUCCAGAUGAGAGAUUACUUCUUGAAAAGCUUGCAAAAAAUUGGAAAUCAAUCCAGAUGCUGUUGAUCAAAAUAUCCAACAUAGUGUUAUUAAACUAUGGAAUGUCCUAA